AUGGGAAAGGACGAGGAGGUUCUGCCGGCGGAUAUCAAGAAAGAAGAGGUGAAGAAGGUGAACUUUAUCAGGCGCCAGCCCAAGAAGGGCGAUGAGGUAGAGAUCCACUACCAUGUCUCGGCGAGCGGCGUGCUGUUGGACACAUCUCUGAAUGGCGACCCGAUUCGCUUCAACCUCGGCACCGGCAUGGUGAUGGAAGCCUGGGACCGGGUGGUGGCAACCAUGAGGAAGGGCGAGAUUUCCAAGUUCACGGUGCCCGAGAUGUACCGCACCGGGGGUCCGCAGCAGUUCCUCGCCAAGCUGCCGGACGACGGGGAGGAGGUGGUCUACGAAAUUGAGCUGGUGCAAGUCGUCGGCAUCGUGGACUUGUUCGGAGAUGGCAGUGUCAUUGAGAGGAUCCACGACGAUGGGGAGGAAUAUGGUUUCUCCCCCAAGGACGGGGACGAGCUGCUUAUCGACUACGAGCUGAGUUUGAAGAGCAGCGGACAAGUACUGGACAAGCGCGAGGGAAUGGACUUCAGGAUGCUGAAGCACCUUGACAACGGGGUGCUGUGCAGCAAGGCAAUCCAGAAGUCCCUGGUGAAUUACAAGCUAAACAGCUGCGGCACGCUGGUUGUUCGAGCUGACUAUGCGUGCGGAGACGCCGGUGAUGAGAAGCUGGGCAUCCCUCCCAAGGCGGAUGUGGCCAUCAAACUGAAGCUGUUGCAGAUCUACGAGUUUGAGGAUGCUGGGAAGAAGGCAUUCUGGGAGCCGGACCUGGUGCAAAAGAAGGCCAUCAAGCCGGAGAGGUGUCGCUUGUGUCCGGGCUUUGACGGCACCUGGUGCAAGGUGAAAAUCCUCGGCGCGAAGCUGGGGGAGGAGGAGCUGCUGGAAGAGCAGAUCAUGGAGACCACCGUGGGGCAAGGGGAGCUUUGCGAUGCUCUGGAAGCGGCCUGCGCGGCCAUGCGGAAAGGAGAAAUCUCCCUAGUUACCGUCAAGGAUCCUACCCUGCACGCGCCUGGCAAGCCCAACUUGCAGGUUCCUCCGGAUGCCGGCCACGUGGUGUACAAGCUGGAGAUGCUGGACUUUGGUAGCCCUCAGCCAGAAGAGGGUCCGAGCGAGAAUCUGUUGCUGCUAAAUUUCGCCAAGAAGGUCAAAGAGAAAGGAUCUGAGCACUUCAAGAACGGCCGGUAUCGGUUGGCGCACGAGCGGUACUCCAGGGUGAUCCAGCUCUUGCCGGUGUACCGCAAGCCGCCCGGGAGCACCAGCAAUCAGGAGGUCUUCACUGAGUGGGUGGAGAAGAAGACCGCGGAAGAACUGAGGAGAAGUAGUCGACUGAACUUGGCGGCCUGCGCUUUGAAGCUGGGCCUGCACUACGCAGCAGCCAGAUACUGCGACGAGGUGCUCAAAGAGGAGCCCAAGAACAUCAAGGCGCUGUACAGACGCGCCCAGGGCCACAUGGGCUCCUAUGACUUCCAGGAUGCGGCAAAGGACUGCAAGAAGAUCAUGGAGCUGGAGCCAGAGAACAAGGACGCGCGCCUGCUCUUGGUCAAGGUGAAGCAAGCAGAGAAGGAAGCCGCCAAGAUGCAGCGAGAGGAGUUCGGGGCCUCGCUGCUGCGGAAGUUGGCGUGA